UACACACGCCCUUUGUCACUUUCUCCACUUUCUCUCUCUUUCUCUCUCAACCACUCUCGUUUUCACCAUCCCCGCAGUUUGGAGAGAGUGGAGUCCCCAAAUUCCUUCACUAAAUUCCCAGAGAAAUUCCCACAUAAAUAAAAUGGCUGACCCCGGGCAGAACCCUUAUAGCUCCCCCACGAUCCUGAACAACCCAAACUACCGCCCUUAUCAGGACCCUAACAACCCCGACGUAGAUCUAACAAAAUACCCCGAACCGAAGGAUUCGACUAAAAAAAUCCGAGGCACUAACGAGUUAUUAGAAACGGUGGUGGGGGGGUUGGAGCCGGAGCUCGUCGUGGCCAAGGGCUUCUACUUCUUCUUCUACGCCUCCUUUGGUUCCUUAUUCCCUCUGAUGGGCGUUUAUUUCAAGCAACUUGGGCUCAAUGGGGCUCAGGCCGGGGUGCUCAGCGGGAUCAGGCCCCUCGUGGAGUACUUUGCAGCCCCGUUCUGGGUCGGCUGGGCUGAGAGGAACGCCCGUCUAAAAACCCUCCUCCUGACCUCCCUCUUCUGCUGGAUCCUCUUCACCUUCCCCCUCGGCUCCAUUUCCCCCGAGCCCGUGGGCUGCAUCUUCAAGCACAACAAUACUCAUGCAAAAAUCGACCCUCCCGAACCCGUGCAGGUCGCUUUCAACGCGAGGAAGAGGAGGGACGCUGCCCAGCAAGAAUUCGAAUCCAUCGACCCAAUGGACUCUAGCUCGCUGAUCAUCGACGAUCCUCCCGAACCCCCUCUCACUAGACAGCGCCGCGCCCUGCCCAACCCAAAACUCAAACCCGGGAUCUCCCCCCUCAAAGUAAACUACGCCAUGAACUACGACCCCGUGAAGAACGCGAACUGGGUUUCCCCCUCAUUUUCCUCGCAAAUAUUCAAGAAAGACGACGUAACAAAGGUCUUUUUCCUCCUCUUGAUGCUGGUGAUUUUCGGGGAGGCCCUGGCUUCGCCGGCGAUAGUCAUAGCUGACUCCGCGGUCCUCGCCUAUCUCGGGGACGAGGCGGGGAAGAGGUACGGCCACCAGAGGAUGUUUGGGAGUUGUGGGUGGGCGAUUGCCAUGUUCGUCGUGGGGAUCGCGCUGGAUCACUCGACUUUUCCGCUGAGGAAGUGUGAGCCGUUGCCACAGGAAAAAAACUACACGGUCUGCUUCGCCAUCUUCGUCGUAUUGAUGGGCCUGGCCAUGCUGAUGGCGUGGCGGAUGAAGAUGCCGGAGGUCCAACUCCCAGAGAUUCAACUUGAUAACGGCUUGGGUCAAGCGGGUGGUGGCUUUGAAAACGUGGAGAUCGGAGAGGUGCAGCCGCUGAAAGAGCAGGCGCACCACACGGACGUCACCACCGGGAUCCCCCACACCACGGUCUUUGCCCAGCAGAACAAAAAGAACCCCGAGUGGUUCAUCGUGCUGAAACAUUACAAGAACUCUCCCAACUGCAUGGCUUUUCUUUUUAUCGCCUGGCUCAUGGGCAUCGGGAUUGGACUCAUUUUCACGUUUUUGUUCUGGCAUUUGCAGGACUUCGGCGGGAGCCCGACCCUCUUCGGCUUGGCCUCCGUGAUAAACCACGUCUCUGAGAUUUUCGCCUACUUCUUCUCCUCCCAGUUCAUAACUCAGUUGGGGCACGUCAAAGUCCUGUGUGUAGGACUGCUCUGUAAUGUUUUGAGGUUUCUCUAUAUUUCUGUCUUGAAGAAUCCCUGGUGGGUGCUGCCCUUUGAGUUUGUCCAAGGAAUAACGCACGCCGCUGUGUGGGCCGCCUGUUGUUCAUACCUGGCUCAUAACACGCCUCCAGAGUUACGUGGGGCGGCGCAGAGCGUGCUCCAGGGGCUGCAUCACGGGCUCGGGAGGGGGUUUGGGGCGGUGGUCGGCGGAAUCCUCGUGACGGGGAUGGGCACAAAGUCCACAUUCACCUUGUACGGCGUGAUCUGCGCCGUGACGCUGGCCGGGUUUUGGUUUCUCAACUUUUACAAGAAGGAUACUGGAUUCAUCACGGAGUUGCCGCAGGAGGAGGAUCCACACAAUAUCGCGAUGGAUGGGGGGGAUGGGAGUCAUCUCGCGCCGCAUGGGGUGGGCCAUGGGAUGACCAGGGUCCACAGCGCCACCCGCCUCCAACAACAACAACCGGCGGAUUAUUACCAGCAGCCCCCACAACAACAAUCUCAACAACCGACGACGACGAAUCCCUUUGCGAAUAAUCAGCAGCAACAGCAGGAGGAUGGUUACUACAUGCGAUAAUUUUUAAGGAUUAUGAAAAUAUAUAGAGGGAAAAAAUCAUAUCAAAAUAUGGACAAAAAAAUUAGUGACAAACAAAAGAGAGAUGAGAUGAAGUAGUGUUUUUGUUAUUUUUCUCUGUGAAUGUCUGUGUAAUAAUUAUGGGCAAUAAAAAUUAAUUAAAUUGGUGUGUGGUAAAGAUUUA